UCUCAGAGGCUGCACAGGCCUCCAGUGUGCUGUUUCAUGAAUGAGGGAGACAGAAAUUGGGGGGAGGAGCUGAUAAUGCUUCAUUGAGGGCUGAGUGGUGAGCCUUAGCAGGAUCCCUCCUGUGCCUUCAAUCACAUUAAAUAGUCAAACCUUGAAAUUUAUUGGUCACAUCUCUGAGCUGAGGACUGCACUGCAGAAUCCAAAUGACAGGAGAAAAGGACAUCAGGUGUAAAAUGGACCCUUCUAACGGUUUGAAUCGGUCACUGGAUAUUGUGCCCACCACUGAAGAGAAGAUGAAGGACAGAGGCCAGUGGAGCAACAAGCUGGAGUUUGUGCUGUCUGUAGCUGGAGAGAUUAUCGGACUGGGCAACGUGUGGCGCUUCCCUUACCUCUGUUAUAAAAAUGGAGGCGGUGCUUUCUUCAUCCCUUACCUGAUCUUUCUCGCCACGUGUGGAAUUCCUGUGUUCUUCCUGGAGACGGCAUUGGGUCAAUACACCAGUGAAGGAGGGAUCACCUGCUGGAGGAAAAUCAGCCCACUGUUUGAAGGUGUGGGAUAUGCCACCCAAGUCAUAGUGGCCUUGCUGAAUGUCUAUUACAUUAUAGUUCUGGCAUGGGGGAUCUUUUACCUGACCUUCUCCUUCUCCUCGAGCCUGCCAUGGGCCUCCUGCAACAACACUUGGAACACAGAUUCUUGCAUGGAAUUUCAGCGGAGGAACGAAUCUAUUGACCAAAGUCAUAUGGAGAACGCCACCUCCCCAGUCAUUGAAUUUUGGGAGAGGAGGGUCCUGCGGAUCUCCUCUGGGAUAGAUGAGAUUGGUGAGCUACACUGGGACAUGGCUCUCUGUCUGCUUCUCGCCUGGAUCCUCUGCUACUUCUGCAUCUGGAAAGGUGUCAAGUCCACUGGCAAGGUUGUGUAUUUCACGGCAACCUUCCCCUACGUGAUGCUGAUGAUUCUGCUAAUCAGAGGGAUCACUCUGCCAGGGGCUUCUCGAGGGAUUCAGUUCUAUCUCUAUCCUGACCUGGGACGCCUGGCAGACCCACAGGUAUGGAUGGAUGCAGGAACCCAAAUCUUCUUCUCCUAUGCUAUCUGUCUGGGGUGUCUCACAGCACUGGGCAGCUAUAAUAAAUACAACAACAACUGUUACAAAGAUUGCUUGGCUUUGUGCUUUCUGAACAGUGGCACAAGUUUUGUAGCAGGAUUUGCUAUUUUCUCUAUCCUGGGCUUCAUGUCUUUUGAGCAGAACGUACCGAUUUCAGAGGUUGCGGAGUCAGGUCCUGGACUGGCCUUCAUUGCUUAUCCACGUGCUGUGUCUAUGAUGCCUUUCUCUCCUGUCUGGGCCUGUUUCUUCUUCAUUAUGAUUGUUUUGCUUGGCCUGGACAGUCAGUUUGUUUGUGUGGAGAGUCUGGUGACGGCAGUGGUUGACAUGUAUCCAUCAACGUUCCGUCGUAAAAACCGCAGAGAACUCCUCAUCCUCGCUGUGGCUAUCGUCUCUUUUCUCUUGGGCCUAAUAAUGCUGACAGAGGGUGGAAUGUAUGUCUUUCAGCUUUUUGAUUACUAUGCAGCCAGUGGGAUGUGCCUCCUGUUUGUUGCCAUUUUUGAGACUAUUUGCAUUGCCUGGAUUUAUGGUGCUGACCGUUUCUAUGACAACAUCGAAGACAUGAUUGGCUAUCGACCUGGACCUUACAUUAAGUGUUGCUGGCUGUUCCUGACCCCGGCCACCUGUUUUGGCACCUUUGCCUUCUCUCUAAUCAAGUACACCCCUCUGAAGUACAACAAUGAAUAUGUGUAUCCAUGGUGGGGCUAUGCGCUGGGCUGGCUGCUGGCUUUGUCCUCCAUGGUCUGUAUUCCUCUGUGGAUCAUCUAUAAGAUAGGCACUGCCAAAGGAACUCUCAGAGAGAGAUUCCACAAACUGUCCACUCCCUCCCCCGACCUGCCUAAAACUAGACGUGAGCAGGAGAAGCUGCAGGCCAUCUUUUCUGCAGACGGGGACAGUCUUCACCAGAGAGGAGCUCCCACCAAGGAUGGAUACUUUCCAGUCAAUGAGAAGGAAUCUCACUGCUGAAUCCUCUAUGGGCCAUGAUGGACCACCUUACGUUUCUGUAAAGGUGGUGCUUGGAAACCUGAUACCUCACACUGUCAACAGCAGCCAAAUAGCACCAAAACAGAGGAAAUGGGGGCCACCCUUCAGCUUCCUUUGAGUCUAAGAAAAGACCUCUGUCGCCCUCUGUAGGUACCUUUUUGAUUUACCAACAGCUCUGGCCCUUUUUUGUUGGCCAAACCGUGGCCUUGGUCUAGGCCAGCCAAAAGUUGCAAAGUCCUUCUUUUAGUCCCCGCCUGCAUUUUCCUUCUAAUAAAAUCCACAGUUACUUUUAAGCUUUAUGGUAAACUCAGCCAAUAACUAACUCCAACCUUUUAAGGUGUUUAAAUAGUCCUGUCAGAAAUAAAAAAGGGCUGAGAAGAGUGAGGUAUGAGAUGAGACUGGAUUGUGAUUUUCUGUUUUCCAUUUUUUGCCCACCCAGUUUCUGCCUUUGACCAGCUUGAGCAAAAAAAGGCAGAAAUAACACAGGUUAGCAACGCACCUUUUUCACAUUUGGUCAUGUCCAAAACAUUAUAGUCAAUGUUUACUUCACUAAAAAUGACAGUACAUUGCACUGAUGACUGUUCUGCAAAAAUGUCCAUCAUUUUCAAUGUUUUAUACACAUAUCAGUAUUAUGUUGAAUAAGCAUUUAACAAAAACCUGAUGAUUUUACAUGGAGGGAUAGAUACUGGAACUCUCCGCUGAAGUGAUUGCUGUGAUCUGCUUUCUAAGGAAGCAAAUUUAUAUUUUAGCUUUCACAUGGAGACUUCGUUUCAUUACUGAGGCCACAAGUUAAAACACUAUGCACUAGUGCAGUAGUGCCAUUGUGGUAGAAAGGACUGCAAAAUGAAGGAACUGCAUGAAAUAUACAUACGUCAAGAUUUGUUCCUUUGCUAAUCAUUGAGAAAAGAGGACAGGACUAACCCAGAAAUGCUUCACUGUAGUUUAAAUGAUGAAGCAAGAUGCAUUAAACAAUACAGUGCAAUGCAAUGGGCCAAUUUCACAUCUGUAAAUAAAAAAGCACAGAAAUGCAGAAGGCAGUUGAGGUUAUUUUAACUGAAAUUCAAGUGCUCCUAAAGUUAUAAAUGUUUAACCACUCUUUUUGAGAUAACCAUUUUCAAACAUUGUCACAGUAAUAGUCUCAUUGUACACAUUCUUUGGCCACCAAAAUUCAAACAUCUUGUAUUCAUGAACAAGAAAUUUUACAAACAUAUAGUACUGAGGUUGGCAGGAAUACAAAUUUCCAAGUAAAAGAUUUACACAAUGUGUGUAAAAAUUACACAGUACAGUGUAAUACACAUUAAAACAUAAAGUAAUGGUAAUUGCAUAGCGAUGGAUGGAAAAUAAAGACUGCCUGUUCAUGUUCAACUAGAAUGUACUGUUAUAUAAGCACAUGAAGAUUGUUGACUUUUGGUUAAAGUUAUUUGUAUUAAAGCUUAUCAGAAACCUGUACAGAGGUUAAACAUUAUCUUAGCUUUUUAGAUUUUAGGUUUCAGAUUUAAAUUCAAGUAUAUAACUUUUUGUAUUGAAGAUAUUAUUUAGCUAACCAGCUGUCCCUUCUCCGUCCAACAUUCUGACCUUAUGUGUGUACAGAGGUGGGUAGUGACUAGUUCUAUUUACUCAAUUCCAAGUAAAAUUUUGAUACAUUUGUAUUUUCCUAAGUGUUUUCAAAUGACAUACUUUUACAUCUAUUCAAGGUUAUCUGUAAAGAAAGGAAACGUUUAAUUCAGAUAUACUUUAGUCCUUCACAUUUAGUUCUUAAUUCCUUUUUGCGUUUAAUCUCAUGUAUGUUAUGUUGGUACAGCUUCUGUACUGCUUCAUGGUUGGUCACAUCACUUACUCUAGACGUUUUAUUUUCCAAAAAAAAGUUAAAUUCAAACUUAAACUUAAACUUAAAUUCAAAAGUGAUGAAUAGAGCCUAACAGUUUUUAUGUUAAUACAUGCUGAAUGUAGAUCUUCUGCAGUUUUAUAAGUUAUUCUUAAACACUUUUUUGAGCUGCUACUUUUCUACUCCUACUAGUUUUUUUUUUUUCAUUAUUUUUUGAAAAGGUAUUUUUACUUCUACUUGGGUCAUAUUCCAUUGAAGUAACAGUACUUGGACUUGAGUAUGAGUUUAGAACACUCUACCCACCUCUGUGUGUACAUACUUCUAUUCUUUUUGUGAUGUGAUGAAGCAUGCUUGGCAACAAUGACUAAAACUGUGACCAGUCUAUAUGUAUAUAAUAUGUAAAGAAUGGUUAAGUUUUAUUUUUAAACAUUAAAAAGAUUUUUUCUUUGGGAGACUAUGAUUAAAUAUACCAAUUAAAUCCA